AAGUGUACAGGCUACAGCCUUUUCACAUACCUAGAGUUAUGUUGUCUUACGCAGCAGUUUACUUAACCUAGAUCUUACAUAGUUAGAUCAGUCGUCACUUACAACUGAACCAUUACAGUCCAUCUUUCUGUAAUACUUAUUUAAUAUAUUUUGUGAACUAAACUCCUCACUGACUUUACUGAUUGGAGUCGACGGGUACCUCGCAUCGGCCCCUACAUGUUUAUGGUCCUUCGAACCUAAGUGAUUAGUGAAGUGCAUCUGUGACGGUAGCGAAUCGGUAUUCUCGGCCUUCCACCAGCGGACCUCCCCGAGAGUAUUGAGACAAGGAAAAUCGCACAUACCUGAACGUGUUUGUACCAGCUAAUCUUAACUGACACGAAAACAAAUCGUGUAGACGACCAACCAGCAAAACUAACUACUUACCAGCAAAACUAACUACUUAUCAAGAAAACUAACUACUUAUCAAGAAAACGAACUACUUAUCAAGAAAACUAACUACUUAUCAAGAAAACUAACUACUUACCAAGAAAACUAACUUCGACAUUCAACACAAUGAAUACCGAAGCACUGAUCAAGCGUCAAGAGGACUGCUUUGAUAGCAUCAAGAGGAUAUGUGUUAAUUUCGGCAAGGACGCUCCUGAAAGAAAAACACUGGAGUAUCUUAAGAAGAGAAUCGAAGCUCUCGAUACGCACUGGCAACAAUUUGCAGAAACUGACAAGUUACUGAACGCGGGUGAGGAGAAAAACUUAUCUUAUUUUACUAGCAACGUGUUUGUGAAAGCUCAGGAGAAAUAUCUUAGAGCUAAAAGUCAGAUGGUGGCUUUACAAGCGCAGUGGGUAGCUGAACUAAUGAAGAGUCAACCACAACCGACUGCUGGAACGUCUAAGGAAGAGAGAGGAGAGUCAGCCGGGACGUUCGGCGUAGUGCAAGACAUAUUUGGAGGGAUAAAUACGGAUUUAACUGACAGGAAGAGCGUCUUGUUACAACAACAACAAGGUAAUUUCAAAGCUUUUCAACGUGCCGCUACCAAGGUCAACAUCGACACCAUCGAGGAAAAAUGGGACCUGGAAGAUCGGUUAAAUAUUCUCAAGACUAAAUGGAAUGCUAUUGACAAAAUUCAUUGGGAAUUGGACAACUGGCUCAACGGAUCUAACGAAUUAUAUGAGCAGGAGUAUAACAGGUUAGAGAAUCUCUAUGAAGAAUUACGCAAGGUCAUCAACAAGAAGAUGUGGGCCAACUUACACUACGAGAAGUCUACGCCGAGAGUAGAAAUCCCGGAAUUCUCUGGCGAGUACGCUCAGUGGGUUUCAUUCAAAGAUAUCUUCAUGGAAACGAUUCAUAACAACCCCCUUAUCAGUAAAACACAGAAAAUGCAGCAUUUGAAGACAAAACUUAGGGGUGAAGCUGAGAAACUGGUGCAGCAUUUAACUGUGUCAGCAGAUAAUUACGAGUGCUGUUGGGAAAUUAUUCAAAACCGGUUUGACAAUAAGAGACUGCUAUUUUCAUCAUACAUCAAUACUCUGUUAAACCAACCUAUUGUCCAGCAACCGAAUGCGUAUCAAAUAAAGAGGAUGCAUGAUACGACAUUAGAAGCCUUGAACGCGCUAAAGAACAUUGGAUUGGAUACUUCGACUUGGGACCCGAUAGUGGUUCACCUCUUGUCACAGAAGCUGGAUGCAGCCACUUACAAUGACUACGUGCAAGGCUUACAAAAACCGAGAGAGUUUCCAGUGCUAAAGGAGUUACUAAACUUUCUAGAAUCCAAAUUCAUGGCCUUAGAAACCGUUAAAACUAAUCACCCAGCGGUGAAAAGUUAUUACAAGAAUAACGAGGUCAAGGCGCCGAACUUCAAGAACGCGGAAAAAGGCAGCAAAUCAUUCCAUGUUUCUAUUAAAAACUGUCCACUAUGCAAGAAAGAUCACGUCCUCAUGAAUUGUCCAACAUUCUUAAGCACGAACGUGCCUAACAGAAUUGCAACUGUCACGAAAUUACGAGUGUGCAGAAAUUGUUUAUUCGACCAUUACGGUAAACAAUGCGAUUCUAAUAAAAAAUGCAAAGUGUGUAACAAAUCGCACCACACAUUUUUGCACGAAACUAACUUCAAAGGACAAUCAACAUCAACCCCUUCGUGGUCACCCCAGAAAAAUACUAACCUUGUUAAAAAAGAGGAAGAAGAAGUUUUACUUACCACCGUGAAAAUUAUGGUUAAAAAUACUGAUGGGAACUAUAUAGUAUUGCGAGCUUUACUGGAUCAGGGAUCUCAAGUGUCACUGAUCACUGAGAACGCGGCGCAGCGACUCAGACUGGCGAGGCAAAAGGGAAACGCAGUCGUAUCAGGAGUUGGAUCAGCAAUGGGCAGCAGCAAAGGCUUACUGACACUGGAGUGUAAAUCAAUACAUUCAGAUUAUACAUUUAUUACAAAGGUGCUCAUAAUGAACAAACUGAUUAAUAACUUACCCAACACUAAACUAACCACGUCAAACUGGACGCACCUAGACAAUAUUAAACUGGCUGACCCCGAUUACUUCACUCCUGGCCCUAUUGAUCUAUUGCUCGGAGCGGAUAUUUACUCCGAGAUUAUACUGGAGGGAGUGCUGAAGCAGGAUUCAAACUCUCCCGUCGCGCAGCAGACCAAGUUGGGCUGGAUUCUAUGCGGAAACACCAAAACAUUCAAGUGCUUUGUAACCCUCAAUGAGAUAGAGGAGUUAACUAGAUUCUGGGAAUCAGAGGAAAUAACAAAGGACACCGAGCUCACAGAUUCUGAAGCGUACUGUGAAAAGUAUUACGCGGAAACAACUGAACGGCAAGAAGAUGGCAGGUACAUCGUUAAGAUGCCUCUCAAGGAAGAUAUAGCCUCCAAACUGGGAAGCUCAAAACCUCAGGCUAUCUGUCAAUUUCACCAGCUAGAGAAACGAAUGGCAAGGUGCGAUAAAUUGGCAAGUCGGUACAAACAAUUCAUCGAAGAAUACAUUGAACUGGGUCACAUGAAACCGGCGGUCAAUCAACCGAAUACUAUGACACUGCAAGUUUACCUACCUCACCACGGUGUAAUAAAGGAAUCGUCAACGUCAACAAAACUACGAGUUGUAUUCAAUGCGUCUAUGAAAACUAGCAGCAAGUACAGUUUGAAUGACGAAGAUGUAUUUGUUUUCAAUUGGCAAUUACCUCAGCAAAAGUCAAGGCUCACUAAACGAGUACUACUGUCAAACAUCAGCAAAAUCUACGAUCCGCUAGGAUGGUUAUCACCUAUGACCGUCAAAGCAAAACUAAUCUUCCAAAAACUUUGGUUAGAUAGACUGAACUGGGAUGAAAACGUUUCCGAAAGCUCGUCGAAAGAGUGGGAACUGAUACGAAGCGAAAUAAUAAACAUAAAUGAUGUAACAAUACCGAGGUGGAUCAGCGGUUAUAACAAUGUGACUGAGUUGCAUUUUGCGACGCAAGCGAAAAGGCGUUCGCCUGCGUCAUAUACAGUAAAGCGACGAAUGAUACCGGAGAAGCCGUUAUUACACUAA